AUCUAUUUUUUGAUCAGUCGAUGAUGCCCUCUAUCCUGAAUUUUUUUUUGUAAUGUAAAAUUAUAAAUUAUAAUAAUGAAAAAUGAUAUAAAUGAGGAGUCAGAUGACAUAUGUCGAGUAUGUAGAUCAGAGGGUAGUUUAGAUAAUCCUCUAUUCUAUCCUUGUGUUUGCCAUGGCACAAUCAAAUAUGUUCAUCAAGAUUGUCUUGUUCAAUGGCUGAAAUAUAGCAAAAAGGAAAGUUGUGAACUCUGUAAACAUCCAUUUACAUUUAUUCCAAUAUAUGCUACAGAUAUGCCUAAAAGCAUACCAUUAUCUGUUAUUAUUUAUGGAAUCUUAAAUACAAUAUUUAAAGUGUUUAAAAAUUGGUUUCAUUAUACUUUGGUUAUAAUUGCAUGGUUAGUUAUGGUUCCAUUUGCUGCAUCAAGAAUAUAUACUGCUAUUUUUCACCUAAAUGCCUCAGCUUUGCUUCCAACAUCAUUGACUUAUUUAGAUAGUAAACAAUUAUUAUUGUCGUAUGCUCAAGGAAUUAUAAUAGUUGUAUGUGGUCUAUGUAUGUUUAUGUGUAUAGUUUGGUUGAAAGAACAAAUACUUUCUACAGAAGAAAUAAAUGAUUGGUUAGUUAAUGUACCUGUUCAAUCUCCACCAAUCCCUACAACAAAUUCUGCAAUAAAUGAUCAAAUUGAAAUACCUACAAAUCCUGAUACAAAUGUGAAAGAAUCAAAUGCGGACUUAAUUUACAAUGAAAAACCUCUAAAUUUACCCAAGACCAGAGAUUUGGACAUGAAUAUGCCAUCUACAUCCAAAAAUUACUUAAUAAGUUCCAACAACAAUAAUUUAAAUACAAAUGAAAAGCCUGAAAAUAUUGAAAACCACAAUAUUAUGUAUAAAAAUACAAUUGCAGAAUCUAAAGAUUUUGGACUUGCUUUUGAAAAUAGUAAAAAUAGUUAUCAACCUUUCAAUAGUUUUCCAAAUCAUGAUAACAUACUAAAAAUAGAUAAAAUAUUCCCAGAAAAGUUAUGUGAAAAUUCAUUGAAAGUUUCUGACCCACAAUCUGCUCUUAACAUCAAUAUCUCACCAAACUCAUUAAUUAGUGACAAAGUCAUUGAGAAACCACUUGAAAUCUCAACUGAUAUACAUGGUAAUAAUUUGGCAGCUACUGACAAUGAUGCAGCCACAACCCAAGACAGUGCCACACUAAGCGAUGAACCAAGAGAAAUUCCAGUACAAGCAAUUCAACCUGUCCAACCUGCACCUGCUUUAUUAGCUGGACUUGAUAUUUUCAAUUUGAACAAUAUCGAUUGGGAUCGGGCCGUCGAAGAUUUAACUUGGGAAAACCUUUUGGGGCUUGACGGGACAUACAGUUUCUUGGAACAUGCCUUGUGGAUAAUCGUUUUUAAUGCUCUCUUCAUAUUCUUAUUCGCUUUUCUGCCAUAUCAUUACGGAAAACUUUGUUUCAAGGUGUUUAGACUUGAAAAAAAGAUAUCCAAUACCAAUUUCGAUGCCACCAUAUUCAUAUACACUGGAUACGUUCUUAUAGCUCAAGUCUUUCUAAUUGGGCGUAAAUUCUCGGCUUUCUUUAAUCACUCCAAAUUAAAAAUGGUAUUCGGUGUUUGCUACAUCAUUAUCAAAGUUUGCUUACUUCUCAUUUUGGAGAUCAUUAUCUUUCCUUUCUUUUGUGGUUGGUUUUUGGACAUUUGCUCUUUGAAAUUGUUUGGUUCCUCUUUUUCAGAUCGUCUUGUCACUCUAUCUACUAAUCCGGCCACUUCCGCCUUAGCCCACUGGCUUUUCGGGGUGGUUUACGUGUUUUAUUUCGCUUCUGGUGUGGCCAUUUGUCGGGAAGCCUUAAGGCCUGGGAUCGUCUGGUUUUUGAGGGCUUCAUCUGGUGCUCUUAAUAAUAAUGCCCGAGCUAAUGACGACAACCCAGCUCAAGGAGUAGAUGAAAAUCUAGAACAACGUAUUCCCAUUCAGGCCGCUAUUUUAGCUGAGUUCAACCCCAUCAAGGAAAUGAUACUAUUCCCUGUUCGGGAACACUUUAGACGUUUUUGCUUAUCCUGGUUGAUGUUUGUAUCAUUGAUCACCCUAAGCGUUUACGUACCUACUCAACUGAUACGAUUCUUAUUUCCAAAAUUUUUGCCAUUCAACUUUAUAUCUUCAUAUGACUCUUAUUUUGCCGAAUUACCUUUGGAAUUAGUUCUUUUCCACGUAGUUAUUCCUUCGCUGAUGGAACAAAAUAGAGCUCGACAUUAUGGCACUCUCCUUAUAACAUGGUGGGCUCGUCAUGUAGGACAACUGCUAGGCCUUACUUCUUAUCUCCUAGGAAAUCCCACAGUCGGUCAUGUUCGAACGAGUACGGAAAACAUUGAAAAUAAGCGGACGCAACCAAAGAAUAAAAAGGGUAAAUCGGAGAAAGCUUUCGAGAAAGAAAAAGGCCAUAAACCGGAUAAUGAUUCUGAAAAGCUAUCGGAAAAUGUUGACAAAUCUGACGAAAUUUCCCAAGUCUUUGAUUCUAGCAUAACAAACGACGAAUCACAGAUUGCCUCGACAUCAUCUGCCUGGAUAACGAACGAUCAUGAGAUCUUGAAUGAUGUAACGAUUGAUGAUAAUCAUGACAAUAAACAAGAAGCGAAUAUACCCACAAAUGGUGUUAAAUAUAUCAGUGAUAGUAGAAACAUAUUGAAUAACGAAAAUAUCAAUUAUAUAAAUGACGAUUCUCUGUCAUUUAGCCAUAACCGAAUAUCAGAUGAUAAUGAAGGAAAUCCAAUAAAUCUUAGCAAUACCAGUAAAAUCACAAAUAAUGGCGAGAAAAACGAUGUAGUAAAUAACGAAUCCAACAAGAGUUACGAUACAAAAUUUGACCAAACGGAUAAAAUAUAUUCAAAUAAGGAAGAACCACCUAAAAAUAAUGGCGGAAGUAAUAACCCCCGCAUUGUUCCCGGGCUGAAUUAUAAUAGGCCCACCUAUUUUCCUUUAAGAAUAGCUGCCUUGAUAAUAACUAUAGCUCUCACCAUUGUUACAUCGUCAUUUAUGCUCUUCACCUUGCCCGUUUUCUUGGGUCGCCUUAUAGUCAAGCGUUUCCCUUGGGAUAUUGGUAGUUACUUACUCUUAUCCUCCGAUCACGUCCUUUACUCAUAUUACCAAUACAACAACGAAAAUAUAAUAAACGGGACUACCCAUAACUCCUCAAUCUCACAUAUUAACAACACCACAACAUAUCCAACAGCAGAAGAUUUAAAUUUGUUAGGCCAAACCGAAACAGAUUUUCAAGAUCUAUACACCGCUUUGGCUGGAACCUAUUUUUUAUGGUUUAUGUGGAGAUAUUUUAGACAAUUUGAGCCUCAAAAUAUCAAUAUGAAUCAAAAUGUCAAUGUGGACCUCAUGAAUAAUGAUAGUAGCAAUCUUAAUGCGUCUACCAAUGUGAAUAGCCAUGAAAAUAAUACAAGUACCGAUGGAAUAACUUCUAUCAACAAUCACGAAGACCUGCAAGAAAUAUUGGGCACCUUUUGGCGACGUCUAACUUCAACUUUGAUAAAGAUUUUGAAACUCACUUUUUUCAUCUCCAUACUUGUUGGGUGUAUACCCUUAUUGGCCGGGCUUUUAUUGGAUCUUUGCUUGGUCGUGCCUUUGCGAGUGCCUGGAGAUCGGACAGCCCUUAUACUCUUGUCUCAGGACUGGAUGCUUGGGCUCCUACUAGUCAAAUCCUGCGUAGCUCUCAGUCUCGUGCUCCCUCCCUCUGGUGAUGCCUUAAGACCGGAAUUGCGAAGGCUUUACGAAAAUUUACUCACCAUGUCCUCGACCUCUACCGCACUCACAGGACCCGUUUGGACCGGCUUAGCCUGGCCUUGCCUUAAAUGGCUGGGGACCGCUCUAGCCUUACCCUACGUGGUGGCUCAUGGAGUGGCUACUUUAUUUGGCUUAAGCGAGAUUAAUAGAAGUCGAUUGGAAAAAAAUAUUUAUCCGUCCUUGCUUUCAGCUUUACUUAUGCUUUCCUUUUUAUCCUACCAAAUCAAACAGCUCAAAAAAUUAUAUCAGCACAUAAAAGAUGAAAGAUAUUUGAUUGGCAAAAAGCUGGUUAAUCUGGAGCGUUCAAAGAUUGACUUAAAAAAAAAUAAUGUGCUACUCACAUCAGUACAAUAAUAAAUAAUUUUCGAGACCUACACCGUAUAUUUAAAUAAAUAUUCUCUUACAAGACUUUAUAUAAUAAUAUAUAAUUAUACAUAGAAAUAUUAAAUUAUAAUAAUAGCUCGUAUUUUUCAAAUUAUUUAAAUUAAUUUUUGGUCUUUUUGUCUAAAUCAGAGCCCUGCACGAAACUGUACUUUAAAUUAAGAUAAUAAAAUGUUUAGGGAUUAAGUAAUAUAGCCACAAAUUUUUUAAAACCUGUGUAUUUUUUUAUUUUGUGGAAUUUCUUUUAUUACCAUUUUUAACUUUGUACUUUCUUUUUAAAAUGUAGAUAUUUAUCCAAUCAUGUUUGUUCAAGGUUUUUUUUCCAAAAUCUCCAAGCCCGCCCAACUUCAUAUCUAAUUUAGUUAUCUAUUUAAAAGGGCUAAAUAUUUAUUCUUAAAUUUAUAUUCUACCACUUUAAACAAAUUGUAAAAACAUUUGCCGGACUAAGGGAUUUUAAGAUUUAGCCAGACUAAAGAAUCCAUUACAGAUCCACCAAUAUAUAUAUAAUUACUCAGUUGAACUGCACAGAGUUCUAAUCAAGAUAUUCUACUGACUAGAUAAUUAACAAAAGUUUCUUGUUACAGUUUUUUAUAAAAAGAAUAUCAACAAAUGUAUAGAAAAUUUAUAUUGGCAACUGUAAUGUAAAUAGUUUAUAUUUUUAUGUGUUUGUAAUAUUUUAUAUCAUUUCAAUAUAGUCGUUUUGCGUUACAUACUAUUU